AGGUGGAGUCGAGACACACCCGAAUCAAAUGGGGAAAGUCCUACCUGAGCAUCAAUGGAAAGCCACACCCGAUACCCAAGAACACCGAAGGCGCAACAUCGCGAUGAUGGACUACUUAUUGAGGUUGCCAUCAACGAACUUUGAGCACAUCAUUAUAGACAAGUUGCAUGACAUUAAUCCCCUUGAGCUUUCCCAACCACGACUUCUAAAUUCUUGAUCAAUUACUCCUCCUCAAAACCUCUUUAAUCACAUAACAUGGAUGUCCCCGGCUUUGCUCUGGUUACAGGCGCAGCCUCUGGCAUCGGCAGAGCAUGUGCUCGCGGUUUCGCCCAAGAAGGCUCCGCCGGUAUUGCAUUACUAGAUCUCAACGCAGACGCACUCAAGACAGUCAAAGACGAGAUCGAAGCCGAAUUCGGAAAAGACCGCAAGAUUGAGUUGCUCACCUACCCCAUCAACAUCGCCAACGAGGAGGAAGUCAUCAAGGUCGUCAACGAAGCAGCAGCCAAGUUUGGCAGGCUAGACUAUGUUGUUAACGCCGCCGGCAUCGCCAUCAAGCACAAGGGCGGCGCCGCGUUCGCCAAGACGGAAGACUGGCAACGGGUUCUCGACGUAAACAUCAACGGAACGUUUUACGUGCUCAGGGCAGCGGCCCAGAUUAUGUUGAAGCAAGAGCCUAUUUUGUCAACAAUUGACGGCAGACCUUUGCAAAAGGGGUCCAUUGUCAACUUUGGCUCUAUCCAGGGUGUUGUGGGUAUCACACUCUCUACGGCAUACACGACGACGAAGCACGCCGUCAUCGGUUUGACGCGCACUGCGUCCGAGGAUUAUGCCAACCAGGGCUUGCGCAUCAACGCCAUUUGCCCUGGAUACACAGAGACGCCGAUGACGACCAAGAAUCCCGAGGUGCUGAAGGCGAUGGAGGAGAGAGUUUCCACUGCAGUGCCGAUGCAGAGGAUGGGAAGCCCAAAGGAGAUUGCCGAUGGUGUUUUGUACUUGGCUGGCGGUAGGAGUUCGUUUGUGACUGGGUCUGCACUGAUGGUUGAUGGAGGUUACACUUCGAGAUAGCCUGCUCCCGUCGGCUUGAAAAUGAAACUCAAAUAUUCUGAACGAAGCUGAAAGUGGAUUCAACAAAUUGACUGAACUUUGCUGAAUGUGACCUGAGCAUAGGUAAUGUACACGUAAACAUAUGGGACUUCUUAGCAAGUGGGCAUGGUUUCUAGAAGCGAAGUUGCAAUCUGACUUACGCUGUGAGUGUCGCAUGCACUAGAAAAUCAAAGAAUACCCAAUACCUUGGGA